ACCAAACGGACCUGUCUGUAGGUGUCACUUAUAUCACAAGGCUACAGGUGCCUUUAUUUCUACCGUCCGCUGGUGCUGGGAGCACGCCUGCCUUCUCUUGCCUUGAAAGCCUUCUGUCUGGACCUAGCCGCCACUUGUCUUCACGGUGAUGUUGGACUCCGUAACCCAUAGCACCUUUCUACCCAACACAUCCUUCUGUGACCCCCUGAUGUCUUGGACGGAUUUGUUCAACAAUGAAGAAUAUUACCCCACCUUUGAACAUCAGACAGCCUGUGACUCCUACUGGACCUCAGUGCACCCUGAAUACUGGACCAAGCGUCACGUCUGGGAAUGGCUCCAGUUCUGCUGUGAUCAGUACAAACUCGACGCCAACUGCAUCUCCUUCUGUCACUUCAACAUCAGUGGCCUGCAGCUGUGCAGCAUGACACAGGAGGAGUUCAUCGAGGCUGCCGGCAUCUGCGGGGAGUACCUGUACUUCAUCCUCCAGAACAUUCGCUCACAAGGUUAUUCCUUUUUCAAUGAUGCUGAAGAGACCAAGACCACCAUCAAAGACUAUGCUGAUUCCAGUUGCUUGAAAACAAGUGGCAUCAAGAGUCAAGACUGUCACAGUCGAACAAGCCUCCAAAGCUCUCACCUGUGGGAAUUUGUCAGAGAUUUGCUUCUGUCUCCUGAAGAAAACUGUGGCAUCCUGGAAUGGGAAGACAGGGAACAGGGCAUUUUCCGAGUGGUUAAAUCAGAAGCCCUGGCCAAGAUGUGGGGACAAAGGAAGAAAAAUGACAGGAUGACAUAUGAAAAGUUGAGCAGAGCCCUGAGAUACUACUAUAAAACGGGAAUUUUGGAGCGGGUUGACCGGAGGUUAGUGUACAAGUUUGGAAAAAAUGCACACGGGUGGCAGGAAGACAAACUAUGAUCUACGCCAACACCAAGCUCUUUUGAUGGAUCUCUGUUGUUUGAAACAAUCAGAUCAAAAUAGACAUUUGAAAGUCUUCUUCCUCCUCCUCCCCCUCCUCCUCUUCAAAGCCUACAAACACAAUGAUAAAAUUUCUGCACAUCUCAGCUUACUUUGGAUUCAGUUGUUGUCUAUUGGGGUGAUGGCAGAAACCCUUAAGCGGUUGUCUUCACCCCAAGGGGGAAGAAGGGAUGGUCUUCUGUGGCAACUUGAUGAAACAUUAUUUCCCUAAUGAAGUGUUUGGAGCCAGGGUAGUCAAUGUUAUGGGUGCUGCUUCAAAAAGGGGCCCCAUUCCACCAUUAAGGACACACGAUGCUCCCAUUCCAGAGGUUCUAAGUGGUCAACUGAGGCAUCUCACUUGGGUCUAGUUUUUAGGGGAAGACGAGAUGUAAGAUGUGCUUACUUUAGAUUUGAAAUUAUUAGUCAUAUUCCAUAGAAGAAUUUCUUAAUAAAAAAUGCUAAGCCACUAAGCUAGGACCUAAUUGGAUGUAGCCUAAACUAAUAGGUUUCUUAACUCAUCAUAUUUGACCACUUAGCCACAGUCACUCAAUCCACAGUUGGGAAUGGAUACUUUUAAAGGGAGAUAGAUUUCCUGCCCACAACCUUCUGAACUUACAUGCUUGUAAUUAGUCACAUUGGGAAUUACUUCUGAGAUCACUGCCCUCUUUCUCCUCUCUGGUGGCUAGCGUCAUUUCUAUAGAGACCUAGUCAACAGACAUAUAUGUGCAUUAAUUUCCAAAUCACUGCUGUUUCUGUGAUUCAAACUGUCAACAUGAUCAAAUCAGAAUUCAUUGAUUCCCUCUGGGGCUACGACGUUAAACCCAUAUAGAGCAAAGAAUGUCCAAACAUUCUGUAACAGCCAAACACAUUGCCAGUCCCUUUUCUUUUCUUACCUGAUGAGUACUCAAACUCUACAACAGAUUCUCUUGUGGAAUAUUACUUUAUCUUGUUUUUCAAGACAGGGUUUCUCUGUGUAGCUUUGUAGACCAGGCCGGCCUCGAACUCACAGAAAUCCACCUGCCCUCUGCCUCCUGAGUGCUGGGAUUAAAGGUGAGCACCACCACCCGGCCAGAUUCUUUUGACAAAAACAAAUAUAAGGAACUUACAUCAGUAAACAAUCAUGGGUUAAAGUCUGCACUGACAUCUCCAUUGGCAUGCAAGGUGUUAAUGACCUGCAGUAAGGUGGACUGCCCCUGAACCUGACCGGCUCCAGAACUGGGAAUGUCAAGUGAUGAGGCACUGAACAGCAACACAGGCUGAAGACCUCUAUGUUUAGAGUUUAACCUCAAAAGCAACUUGUUUUUUUUUUUAAAUGUGAAUUACUGUAAAAUAAUCUAUUUUUGGAUUCAUGUGUUUUCCAGGUGGAUAUAGUUUAUAAACAAUGUGAAUAAAAUAUUUAAUAUGUUCCAAUGUCUGUGUACUUGUUCAACCCAGAAACCUUUCUAGAAGUUGGGAAUGGAUACUUUUAAAGUACCUUCAGAUACUAUAAAAGCUUCUACUACCAAAUGGGGCUCACAGAAUAGUGUGACAAAGACUUUUUCUUCAGAUUUAUGUUAAUUAAUGUGUAUGAGUGUCUUGGCUGCAUGUACGUAUGUGUGCCAAGUGCCUAGAGAGGUCAGAAGGCACUGCAUCCCUGGAACUAGAGUUAAGGAGGCUAUGGAUGGCUCUUGACUGGGGGGCCAUCUCUCCAGCCCCCCAAUAAAUACAGCUUUGUUUGAA